AUGUCGAGGCGGACUAUUCUCUUAAUCUAAUUGUAUCGAAAGUACACAUAAUCAAACUUCCAGCGAAGGUACAUGUAUUAUUUUUGAAUCUUUAAAAGUCGUAGAGAUUUUGCUUGAACUCACAUAUAGAUUAUGCAACUUUUCUUGUAACAGAUUUUAUUAGAAAACGAAGAGAGAGAUAUACCGGCCUGUGACUUUUUUUAUGAUAUGAGAUACAACCUGGAACACUUGACAUUCUCAAGUGUAGACAAUGAAAUAUCCAAUGUGGAGGGUAAUGAUUCAAACAAUGUUGGUUCUUGCAACAAAGAAAAAUAUAUGUUGGAUUUAUACUCCGGAUGCGGAGCCAUGUCAACAGGGUUGUGCAUGGGUGCUUCACUCUCGGGUGUAAAUUUGAUCACUAAAUGGGCAGUGGAUAACAAUAGUUUUGCUUGUGAGAGUUUGAAACUCAAUCACCCUGAAACCAAGGUGAUAAAUGAAAGUGCAGAAGAAUUUUUGAGAUUGCUGAAGGAAUGGAGAAGGCUAUGCCAAAAGUUUUCACUUCCAAAAACUGAGCCACUAGAACUAGAUAGUGAUUUUGAAGAUGACAAUGAAAGUGAAAAUAAUGUAGAAGGGGAGAGUGAUGGAUAUGAAAUGUCACCGGACGAGUUUGAGGUUGAUGAGGUACUCUCCAUUUGUUAUGGAGAUCCAAAAAAGGCGAAUGCUUCGGUUAAAAAGGUUAAACCAUCAGCACUUUAUUUUAAGGUGCAUUGGAAGGGAUACGACAGUGAAGAGGAAAAUACUUGGGAGCCAUAUGAUGGAUUGCGAAAAUGUAAAGAAAAAGUAAAAGAGUUCGUGACGAAGGGUUUCAAGUCAAAGUUAUUGCCACUUCCUGGAGAUGUGCAUAUUGUGUGUGGGGGUCCUCCAUGCCAGGGACUUAGCGGUUUUAACCGAUUUAGAAAUAAAGAUAAACCACUUCAAGAUGAAAAAAACAAUCAAGUGACGGUUUUCAUGGAUAUCAUAGACUACUUGAAGCCCAAAUACGUCUUGAUGGAGAACGUUGUAAGUCUUUUAGGUUUCGCGAAAGGAUUUGUUGGUCGUUAUGCAGUAGCUCGUCUUGUAAACAAGAAUUACCAAGCAAGAUUAGGCAUAAUGGCUGCUGGUGCAUACGGUGUUCCUCAGUGUAGAUACAGGGUUUUCUUAUGGGGUGCUCAACCUUCAGAGAAAUUGCCCCCGUACCCGUUGCCAACUCACAAAAUGGCCACCACUAGAAAAGAAAGCGUCGUUCCUAAGAAGUUUAAGGAGUUAAAAGUGGGAAAUAACCGAAGUGAUCUACAGUUGAAAACGGCUCUUACUCUUGGAGAUGCAACAAGUGAUCUCCCAGAGGUGACUAAUUUUGAGGAAAGAGAAGCAAUAAACUAUGACAUAGAACCUGAGACAGAGUUUCAAAAGUUUAUAAGUCUUCCAAGAGCUGAUACACUAAUCUCAAAUGGUGAAGAGGAAUCACAGUUACGUAUACUUUAUGAUCACCAACCUCUCCAAAUGAAUAAAGAUGAUUAUCAGAGGGCUUGCAAUAUAAGCAAGAAGAAGGGCGCCUACUUCACCGACUUGGGAGGUGUCGUAUUUGAGGAUAAAACAGUGCGAAUUGACCCUUCUGUUGAGAGAGUAAUACUGCCGUCUGGGAAGCCUAUGGUACCUAAUUAUGCAAUCACAUAUAGAGAUGGAAAAUCUAAAAAGCCAUUUGGUCGUUUGUGGUACGAUGAGAUUAUUAACACGGUCGUGACAAGAGCACAACCUCACAACCAGUGUGUACUUCACCCAAAGCAAAACCGAGUUCUUUCAGCCCGCGAAAAUGCAAGACUACAAGGAUUUCCUGAUUGCUAUAGGCUUUACGGACCUGUUGAUGAAAAGUACAUCCAGGUUGGGAAUGCUGUUGCUGUUCCAGUCGGGGUUGCCUUAGGAUAUGCGUUUGGGAUGGCGAGUCAAAGGUUGUGUGAUGAUAAGCCUGUCAUAGACUACCCUUUCAUGUAUCCUGAAUGUCUCAAGAGAAAGGAAGAUUCUGAUAGAUUUAAGGAUCCCAAUUCUAUUCAUGAAGAGGAAAUUGAGGACUAAGGGGAGAAAGGCGAGAGUCUGGGAGAAGAAGAAGACUGUGGAAAGUGGCUAAGGAGUAUUGAAGUUUUGUGAUAUCAAUAAGCUUAUGCGUUUAAGUCCUUAAGUUGUUUUUAAUAGUAAGUGUUUUUUAGUCACAAAGAUAAAGGACAAAAAUAUUUUGAGAAUCUAAAUUUUAAUUAAAAAUGUGCGA